AUGGCGCCUCGUCGAUCUACCGCACGAGCUUCAAGCGCCACUCCGGUGCGCGGCGCAACGCCAGCGAAGCGACCAACACGAGCAAGCAGUGCCCUAGAACCAGAGGAUGCAAUCCCGCGAAGGUCCAAUCGGGGCGCGUCACAGCAACCGAGUAUAGCCAAUGGCGAUGUCAAUAAUCCUAGACUUCCCGAAGUGCAAAUCCAACAGUCUUACGCCUAUGGAUCAACGAAGGCACCCGUUCUGCCGACUCAGCUGAUAGCGCGAAGCCGCAUGAAUCUUCUACAAAUGGCGGAAACCAUUGAUGCUGGGGUGGACCAGGCCGAGCAACAUCUUCAGCAUCAUAUCGAGGAAACUCGGGCGAAUCUCCAGAAAGACGCUCGGGAGGAACGCGCUCGUCGGAGAGCAUCACGGGAGCCAUCCCAGGAAGGCUCGGUCGCGAGUGACGAACGUGAACAGUCCCGAAGCCAGCGUGUUGCUGCCUGGGCUAGCUCGGUCGACAGUCCUCAGCUGAACGGUAUAGCAGAAGAAGAUCAGGAGGACGAACAGGAAGUAGAACACGAAGAGGAGAGUCCUGCUCGGAGCACUCCUGAUAACGCCUCCGACAAAGGAACAGACCCAUCAAGCUUUCCGAGCGGUAUGUUCGACCAUAGCUAUAACUACGAGCGUGGUCUUCGGAAACCAAAUAUCACAAUACGACAACCACAAGAGCCUUUUUCAGUGACGAUCUCGAGAGCACUCAAAGAGAGAACUCAGCGCGCACGCCGCGCUUCCUUCGGAUUUGCAUCCUCAAUACAGUCUUGGUUGCAACGGCUCUGGACAGCUAUUGGCGAGUCCAUCAGAAACCUUCCAAAUUCACCUUUAAUAUCGAUCAUGACGACUCUGCUUUUCACGCUUCUCUUCAUCGGGGCCGCCAGCCUUUCAUUCUGUUACGUCUACAAUACCUACGUGUGCAAUCCACUUCCCACUUCUCUGCCAGGCCAAAUGCUACAGAGGUAUUGUGGGACUUGUGCUCGAAGCCCAGGUCGUGCACCUCUCAACUUCACGCUUGGCGGUGGAGAUGACUUGUCCAAGCUCUCCGUAGCGAUCAACCAGAUCAACCACCAGCUACGGGAUCUCGAGACACGGAUCAAUGACAAAGUCGACUCACAGCAUGCAGCAGUGGAUAAAGGCAUUGACGCUCUGAGAAAACAACACUCCGAACUCUCAAAUCACGUCGCCAACCUGAAACUGGGUGGUGGCCGGUCAAAUCCGUCAUCCGGCGAUGUGGCCUCUCCAGUCAUUCCCAAAAUCAACUACCUCGCCCCGAAUAACGGAGCAAUGCUUGAACCACGACUUACCUCGCCCACAAUGCAAAGGCCUCUGGCAUUCGUUCAGCGAGUCCUGCUCCGUGUUUUCUUCGCCGCGGGAUAUGUGUCCAAGCCACCCAUCACAGCACUAUCACCGUGGCAAGACGUGGGUGAUUGUUGGUGCGCUUCUUCUGCACCAGGUGCGGACACGGAGCUUGACCAGGCAGACACGAUGCGGUUAGGAGUCACGGUCACAGAACUGAUUUAUCCGACUGAGGUUGUGGUGGAGAAUUACCCUAGUGGGGGAUCGCUUCUACCUGGAUCGACCCCCAGGGUCAUUGAGCUCUGGGCCGACUUCGGACAUCUCGAUAGUCGGGAAUGGAAGUCUUUGAAUAUACGACAGAUGCAGAGCGAAGGCGGAAGUCCAAUCGGCCCGACAUACGCAUUGGUCGGACAGAUGGAAUAUGAUGCCUCGAGCGAGGCGAGUCACGUCCAAGCUUUCCCGCUGGAUGUGAAUCAAGACACAUUGGCGUAUGCGGCGCAGAAUUUCGUGGUGAGGGUUACUGAGAAUUACGGCGCGGAGUAUACGUGUCUUUAUCGAGUGCGAUUGCAUGGCGUUCCGGUGUUUGAGCAUGCUUCGGAGAGGAACCCGGCGGCGUGA